AUGAGCAUGGCAGGUCCGACUCUGGACAACGAUGGCCAUGGAUGGACACUGCCGGAUGUCGAAUUCGCGAUCCAUCAUGUGUUCUUACCGCCAAAGGUGCCCCAGUCCGACGACACCACUGGGACUGGAGAGGCCUUUCUCAUCCGUUCGUUUCUCAAAUCGCUACGCGAGUUUGCAGCUCUGCAGCCGGAAGAGGCGACACGACUGCAGCCCUUGGUGCGAAUGAUCGAGCGACUCUUGCGACUUCACAUCAACGAGUCAAAGCAGCAAGUUACGACUGAGGUUUUGCACGAAUUGAGUGAUGGUGUAGAAUCUGCCGUGUUUUAUGUUCGGGAGCAAAAUGCUGGCCUGCUUCUUACGGGAAAGGCCAAUACCAUCUUGGCCCAGGGCUUCGAGCUCUUGUCGGACAAUGCAUCGGUCAUGUCAAACAGAGGACGUCUGAUCCGCCAAUUCCCCAAUGCGGCAGCAGAGUUCCCUCGGGCCCUGUUGAUGGAUCCCAAGUUCGUGGAAGUAUUUACCGAUCACCUUUGCGAGUUGAGCAAAACCCCCAUCGCGGCGGUCCGUCCCACGACUCGCAAGGCGAACGCUGAUCAUGACGAAUAUCGUGACACCGUCUCCCCUGUAUUGGUCACGGGCAUGCUUGUGGCGAUCCUUCAAGGUCUGGGCCAAGUUAUCAAUCCCACAACUAUUACCAAGCGAAUGAGGGAGCAGGUCAAUUGGGACAACACUGAUAAACCAUUCCACCGGUCCCCGCUUUGGGUUCUUCUUCGUGCCGCCGUUGGAAUCUUGCUUCGCCAAAGCUCAGGGACGAUUGACCGAGACUUCCUGUACAAAUCUGUCACCACUUUUUAUCAUGCCUCCCUGCUCGAGCUGGCCACCGACUAUGGUUUCAAUAGUGACCUUCGAUCCACCAUGGCCGCGAAAAUUAACCGUAGAGUUGUCAAGCUCGAUCACUUGGUGGAACUGCCUUGGACGACGCUCGUCCAAAAGGUUGUGGCUCGCGAUCAUGAUGAGCUCAAGGGUAGAUGGCUUGCUGCCCAACAAGAAAAACGUCUGUCAAAGACUGACAGGCCACUUGCGGGCCUUCGCUUUGCCGACGAUACCAACCUUCAGCUCACCCGGCUCAAGAAACACCUGACCUGGAUUGAAUCUCGUCCAUCAGCCAACACGGUUGAUUCUGGACCUGGCGAUGAUUCAACAAUGCCUGAGUUCUCGUCGACGAGGCCUCCCUCCCUAGACUCAAACCUGGAAAUGCGGCCAUUUGUUCUCUUGAACUUUGAGGCCUGGGUCGAUCAACAUCUGUCGUCAUGGGUGGUCUCUCAACUUGACAAGAACAACAAGCAGCACGACAGGGCUGCGCAUGGUAUCAGUGAACUGGAAUGCAAGAUCCAGACGUAUCUUUGCUUUGCCAAAGACUUGUAUGUCAAUGACCCGGAGGCAUUGUCCAUGAUGCAUUUGGUCACCAUGGAGCUGUGGGUUGCAUUGGACCGGAUCGCUGGCGACGCCAUUCCCCUUUUGUUGGAGUAUGACCCUGGCUUUACUUCCGACAUAUUCUACCCUUUGAUUCUGCCGACGAAGAGGCGAAUGGAGCGGCUGCAGACAAUUGAGAACUAUCUCGCCAACCGUCGAACAGGCACCUACCCAUCUAUGUUUUGCGGUUUUGGUGGGGCCAACUCCUUUGCCGUUCGGUACUCUGAUGCGUCUCUUCCUGGUGGGCAUUCCGAUCUGCAUUCCCAGAUUGUUUCGUACGCGGAGAGGAAUAAACAUCAGAAGCUCGAGGAGUUUGAUGGAAAGCGCCAGGAGUAUGUCAAGUUGUCCUCGGAACGAUCACAAACGGACCAUAACAGGACAUGGAAUCCGCAAUCUCGCAGGCUCCAAUGUUCCUUGGACUGUAAAGCAUGUGACCUGGAUGCAAGGCUACGGACGAUAACAAUUCGAAGGUUCGAGUGGCCACUACCUACGAAUCGCUGCGAGGCCAUAGCAGUUGUUUUCGAGAUUGCUGUCCCCAGCGUCGUGCUUGUUUGGCGGAACACCACCGUGCAUAUCUUCCUGUCUAUUCUGAUGAACAGCAAGCUUUGUAAGGAGAGGGCGCCCCUGGAGCUUUACUACCCCGAAGAGCAUUUUGGCUUGCAACGCUUUACCGGAAGCACCAGUAGCAUCAAGCUGGCAUCGGUGGUCAAAUCUGUCGAGAGGUCUCACUACGGCAGUACGCAACACAUCAGCAUGUUCACUGAAGCGAAUAUCUGUGUUGAGCAUGGAUGCCGAUAUGACUAUUACCACACUGGGAAGAACUUGAGGCACGAUGAGAUCUUCGAGAGGCCGUCCGUCGACAGCGCGUGUUCGCAUGCAGCGCACGAACAAAACGCUCACCUGAGUAAAUUUAUUCGACAAAGCUCUCACGACUCAAACUACGUCAUAUCCUCCCAAGAGUGUUGUCCCCAGGAUAUGACGCUCGAAGCGUUCAGGGCUUUCGGACAUCAUCGUUCCGGGGAUAGCCUCCAAUGGGGCAACACCCUGAGCCAGUUGACUAUGCCCUCACUAGAUCUGAAUCGACGGUCCACCUUUCUUUUAGUGAUGCAAUCAUGCACCGAGGCUGGCGCCCAGGACAAACUCAACUCAGUCUAUCGUAAGGCUCACAAUGAUGCGGCAGAUGAGCUCUUUGCUGGCAAGUUUCUUGGGGCGUUGGAAGACGCAUUUGCCCGAUUCCACGAGAACUGGCAGAAUGACAUUGCUGUCGGGCUGUUGGCCUGUUUGGCCACUCGUAUCCUGUCCCUGACCAGCUCUUCUUCUAUCGUUUCAGGGGUCCUCCAGCUCUUGGCCCGCAUCAGGCAAACCUCCAUGGCAUGGACCCGACAGCUUUUGCGCAAACGAUCUAAGAGUUCGUCUGAAAAUGAACGCGAGGCGCUCGCCCACAGAGCACUCAUGACAGCUUUCAUUUGCAUGUCGACAUUUGACAUGGAUUCGGAUCUGCUCAACCCACUGCUAUCGUCACCAAAACAGCUCUCACACUUUGUCGAGGCUGCAGUCACGGCAUGCGAUCACCUUCCUUCCAACUUAUCCAAUCCUAUCUAUCGUUUUAUGGCUUACAGAUGGCGAAAUGUGAUGUAUCAGUCAAUGAGGGUGAUGCGAGCAGAGAUUAUUGGAAAUCGGAAUUCCGGUUUUGGGUCCGCAGUGCAGCAUAUUUGGGCCGCCUUCGAUCCAUCUCAGUCAACGUGGUCAACUCGGCAAGGAUCACAGGGCCAUAUCGUGGAGUCUUCGAUGUACAAGAACGGGAAGAAUACCAAGGCAAGCUGGAACAUGUUGACAGGAGAGCUCCUUGUCAAUGGACAUCCGCUUUCACGGCUCCCUCGGGAAUUUGAGAGCGAUCAGAAUUACAGCCAAUUGUUUGGAACACGGGUUCUCGAGGUUGUGCCAUCCACGAUUCAAGGUAUGCACUUCUCCGCUCGCCAGGACCAGAACGGAUGGAUUGUGCAUUUUGCCAUGUUGGACGGCAUAGUCGUGAUACAAGCUGUCAAGAGGGGAUCAAACGACGAGGAGCUCUGGGAAUUCAUCCCACGUUCUUGCUUCUUGGGAGGCCUUUCCAAGUCGUUCGUCAUGGACUUUUCACACUGGAGAAAUAAUAGCACCGGCGAGAUUGAGUUUCGUCCAGCAGCAACACCAUGGGAGCACUCGCCCGAUCACUGGCUCCUCGCAAAAGAAGGCGUCCGAACAGUUUUAAGGCUAGACCAAGACCUUGUCAUAGACCUUCAUAGCGAGACGGCUCUCGCAAUUUCGACUAGACUGAAGCCUUUAGACUGCAGGGAGAACAUUGACAUGAUAUUUCAUCAAGGUGCAGACAAGGGCCAGCUGAAUGUCACUUUGCCCCGAUUCGCUCUUUCCUUUUCCCUUGCACCAGGCAGUUCAAGUCUUCGUUCGAAGCAUUACGCCGGAAUGAUUAUCGACGAACGUCAGGAAAUCGGUGCUCUAAUUGGGCUCAAGAGCAAGCUGGUUCUACGAGACGAGAAACAUGUGGACAACUUACAGCCUUCACGACUCCUUCUCAUACCUCGUGGCCAGCCCAAUGUCACAAUGCAUGAUGACCAUGUCCGCGUCAAGAUCCGAAAGGGAAACAUACCACACGUCAAGCACGAAGCAUUCAGAAUUGACACCCGACUUGGUCAACUCGUCGACAACGGAUCAUUGGUCAGCAAGCUAUAUCUAUGCUUGCUGCACGCUUUGACAUCCCACUGUCUCCCUGAUCCUUUGACCAGUCGCACUGGCACUGAAGAGGCAACCAGAGUACUGCAGCUCUCAGCGGUCCGGUCGUUCCAACGCCUAGAAAGCGAUUGCAUCGCAAUCCUCGCGAAAAUCUCUGGCCUGUCGCCGAAAAGAAGCUUUUAUCCAGAACAUCUACAAAACAUGGAACAGUGCAGUUGGAAUCCUAACCUUCCCGUGCUCUCUCAGUAUGAUGGAUUUCGGGCAAUCGUCGAGGAAAUUAUUGCACAUGCUGAAGAUUGCGAGGUGCUAUACGAGCAAAGCGAGGGUGGUGCUGGCAAGGCAAUCCGUGAGUUGGCCAGGAGUGUGAAGACCCAUCUUCUCACCGAGCGAGCAAUCAUCAGAAAUUCGAGCUUCCGAGUCACUCAGUUUGGGGCCGAGGACCAUUCGGCUCGGCAUGAUGUCCGUUAUGGAGGACGGCACAGCAAAGAUCAGGAAGUCGAACGUUCAAGCAUAGCCCGGAACAUUGCAUUGGUGGUUAGCUCUGGAGCUCCGCAACUAUUGUUUCCCACAACACCGAGCCUCAAGCAAUCGAUCUUGUCCAUAACUAGCAACAGCUUUUCUGGGGAUCCUCGAGUCGGCUUGGGAUUCAACGCCGAGUACUAUGAGAAGCCCGAGGUCGCUCUGAAGGAGCUCUGGUGCGGGCUGCACCGAGCACUCGCCACAGAAGAGAAUUGUAACCGGAUCAUCUUCUUCCUCUCUUCCCUCUCUUUUGCAACCAAGGCAAAUCUCGACGUGGUUCAAGCCUUGUUGGCCAUAGCUACUCAGCGACGCAUGUCUGGAGGUCUGGUCACCCCUCCUGACGAGCAGUCCUUUGAUCUGGCCCAUGACCGACUGUCAUUGCGGCAAAGAGUUAAGAGCAUCGUGACAGAGAAGCGUUUAUCCAUGAAGCUAUGCCCCGACAUGCCCGUCUACAGACAACGACACGAGAGCGAAAGUGACUUCCAAGCAAGGUACUAUCAAGAAUGGGAAACUCUGUCUGGUUCAAUGGUUAGAGCACUGGUUUCAGACUUUGAAAGUCAGUGGUCGAAGUCUUGGACAGUCACGAGGCCUUCUUCGCGACAGCCUUGUGAGCACUGGGUACCUCUUAGUGUUGUGAUACCAUUGGUGAACAAGACGCUGGAUCUCACCAGAAGGACAAUUCUGUUCACAGACUAUCUAGACAGCUUGGCGCUAGCCAUUGAAGGCAUGACCUGUCUAGCAACAUCUCGUGGUUCUUUAGUGGCAUCAUUGCCAUUUGCCGAUGAUGAGAACACGCAACGGCCAUCCAGUACACCAAAUGGUUUCAUCAAGGACACUUCGCUUUUCUCCAAUCCGCCACCUGAAAUCCAUCGCCCCGUGCCAGAGAGAUUCUUGGAUCUGUUGGAAGAGAUACCACCCGUUGACGUGGGAAAGAGGCCAAUCACAAACCUUAUCGAGCAUAUAUCAGCUCUUGGACAGGAAGAGGAACACCAGCGCAUCUACGUACACGAGCUUCACCAGAGUUCUAAAAGUGUCGGCACCGUACACGUCAGACUCAAGACACAUGGACAGGCUCUUUUCUCCCGACUCUCCCAAUAUCUCAUCAAGUGUCAAGGCGACAGCGCGCGGAUCGAAAAUGACAUCGUGAGGGCAUUGAAGUGCGGUGGAGUUUCCAAGGAGCUUUCUAUCAGCGCCGACCUCUUUCCACGGAUAUCUCCCAUUUUUCUUCUGCAGCAUCUCAGAAGGAAUAGAUGGAUCAAGUUAUCUCCCGAAUGGCGAUUGGCUUUGAUCAACUAUGCCCUUUCGCUCGCAUACCUGCAGCGGGCCGAGCGCCUAGUAAACUCCUGCCAAUCCGCCAACCGGCGAGUCGACUUUCUCAGGGAACUUCGAAAUUUUGGGCACCAUAACGAGAAAGACUUCGACCCCUUGGACUGGCCAGAGUAUGUGCUGCUGGAGGUUGAACAAGGCAUUUUGAUACGGCCGGUACAGCAUCAGAUUGCUGCAAACAUGCGCCAGCCUCCGGCGGGGAAAAGCUGCGUCAUGCAGCUCAAUAUGGGGGAGGGCAAAUCUUCAGUCAUUGUUCCCAUUGUCUCUAUUGCGAUCUCAGAUGGAUCCUGCCUAGCACGUGUGGUUGUUGCCAAGGCACAGGCGAAGCAGAUGGAACACACACUUGUCAGUGCCAUUGGCCGCUUGGUUGGCCGUCGCGUCUAUUUUCUUCCCAUCUCCAGGGCCGUCCGCGUUGACGGCAAGGCCAUCAGAACCAUUGCACGCUUGAUACGGCAAUGCAAGGAGGAAUGCGGUGUGUUACUUGUACAGCCUGAGCACAUCUUGUCAUUCAAGCUCAUGGGAUUGGAGGGAGUUUGGAACAAGCAUCCUGUGGCUCAAACGAUCCUUAGCACAUAUAGUGAGCUUGAAAGUAUCUCUCGCGAUAUUGUGGAUGAGAGUGAUGAAAACUUCAGUGUCAAGUUUGAGCUCAUCUACACCAUGGGAAGUCAGCAGCCAGUCGAUAUGAGCCCCGAGAGAUGGGUGUUGAUCCAAGACUUGUUAGGUGUCGUCAGGGAUGUCGCCAAGAAGCUCAAGCGUGGGGAUGCAAAACAAUCAGGGCCAACUGAUGGACUCCUUUUUGAAGAGGAGUCCAACAGUGGUCGGUUUCCAACAAUUCGGACCCUCGAUGAGUCUGCUGGUACGCAGCUGAUGGAAGCCACUGCUCGCGAGCUGUGCCGUUUGGGCAUGAGAGGUCUGCCCAUCCAGCAUCAGACCAGACAGAUGCGUGAUGCAGUUCUACAGUACAUUAUGGAUCCUGAUGUUGAUCAACAGCACAUUGAGAUGGUGGAGAAUGAUCGGUCCGGUCUCGUUCAGAACGACACCAUGAGAAGAGGACUUUUCCUGCUGAGAGGACUUCUGGCAUCUGGUGUGCUUCAGUUUGCCCUGGGUCAAAAGCGUUUUCGCGUCAACUAUGGACUUGCACCGGACCGGCAACCAGCAAAGAUGCUUGCAGUACCGUACAGGGCGAAGGAUUCGCCGGCCCCACGUUCCGAGUUCAGCCAUACAGAUGUUGUCAUCGUUCUGACGUGCCUGAGCUACUACUACCGUGGUUUGACGGAGGCCGAGCUUUUUCUGUCCCUUGAGGUGCUUUCAACCUCUGAUCGGGCUGAGCAAGAGUACUCCGACUGGUCUCGAGCUUCUCCGCUCCUAGACCGUGCACUGAGACAUUUCUCUGCUGUCAACCUGAAGGACAAAACACUAUACACAGAAAAGCUCUUCCCAGGUUUGCGCUUCUCGAAACCGGUCAUCGAUUACUACCUGUCCACCGUUGUCUUUCCGAAGGAUAUGAGAGAGUUUCCAUUCAAGCUUUCGAGCUCUGGAUGGGAUCUCGCCAAGCCAAAGGCACAUGCAGUCACGGGCUUUAGCGGGACAACGGACUCGAAAUAUGUCCUCCCCCCAUCCAUAACCGCGCUGGAUCUUCCAGAGCAGAUAUAUACCAACUCUCAUGUGCUAGCAUGUCUGUUGCAGAGCGAGAACACGGUUGUGGAGCUGGGAACUGAGCAGGAAGACCUCUGCGCCUUGACAGUGAACAUGCUCCUGUCAGCGGUUAUCAAGUCAAUCCAGGCGAUGCGCGUCAUUCUUGACGUUGGUGCGCAGAUCGUUGAGCUCAGCAAUCUUCAAUUUGCCAAGCACUGGCUUUCUGUUGUCUCGGAUGCAGACGCUGUCAUCUUUUUCAACGACAACGAUGAGCUGUCGGUGGUCACUCGAGAUGGGACAGUGGAGUCAUUCUACACUUCACCUUUCAAGACUCAGACGGAGCGGUGUCUCGUUUUCCUCGACCAGGCACAUACCCGCGGUACCGAUCUCAGAUUGCCAGAUGACUACAGGGCUGCCGUGACUCUGGGUCCAGGGAUAACAAAGGACACUCUUGUACAAGCCUGUAUGAGAAUGCGGAAGCUUGGUAGCGGUCAAUCAGUGACAUUUUGUCUCUCCCCCGAGAUGCAAAGGAAAAUUCGCGAUUAUGAAGGCAUGGAUGCCUCAGAACCCAUCACCGUCAUGCAUGUUCUUGCGUUUGUCAUAUCCGAAACGUGGGAUGACGCCCGCCGAAGCGUUCCGCUCUGGGCGACCCAGGGCCUGCGUCAUCAACGCCAGGAGGAAAUCUUGAGUCGUGUUGGAGGUUAUGACAAGCUCCAGGUUGAAGAUGUUGAAGAGUAUCUUGAGGCUGAGGCACAGACUUUGGAGAUGCGGUACCGACCAGGACCAGGAGCUCAGGCUCAGAGUUUGUCUUGCCAGCUUGAAGAUGCUUCGAGUUUGGUGUCGAGACGGGCCGACGUUGCCGCCAUUCGGGCGAAAUGUAUCAAGUUUGGCUUCAAAAACUUGGACUUGGUUGUCACACUGGAAGAAGAACAGGAGCGGGAGCUAGCUCCAGAGAUCGAGCAAGAACGACACAUUGAGCGUCCGGCACCUAUGAAGCCGCUCAUGCACUCGCUUCAUCCAGAUAUCAGACUGUUUGUCGUAACUGGCAGGCUGGAUCCAGAAAGUAGGGCAGUCUUGCCCGCAUUUCACGCCAUGCUUCGAAGCAGUGCGUCGAAGGUCUUCCCCGCGAACAAGUUCCCGUCUAGUUUACUGGUCACUAAAGAUUUUGCCAAUACUGUCCGGCCCAGCCAAGCUGGCUACUGCUCUGAUUCAUAUCAGCGGCCCGUCCAAUGGAUCCUUACUUCGAAGAUCUCCGGAGAUACUAAACAGACGGACACGGGCUCAAGAAUGCUGAUGGUCGUGGUCAGCCCCCACGAAGCGGAGAUUAUCAAGUCUCAGAUUCUCCGGGACUCCAACGUCGCGGGCACUCUGCACAGCUACCUCCCACGUUCGAGUCUCUCUUUCCGGAGUAUGGAAGAUCUCAAGACAUUUACAUACCCGUUCAUGACACCAACGCAGCUCGAAAAGUGGACACCGCCCCCAGAGCUGAUCAUGCAGCUCAAUCUCUUUGCCGGGCAGCUCUAUCUUCGCAGUUAUGAAGAAUAUGUCCGGAUGUGUCGGUAUCUCGGGCUGUCGUUUACCGAGAACAAGAGUGAUGGUUCUGACGGGGUUGUGGUUGGAGCGGAUGGGUUUGUUGGUCGCGCUGGUGGGAAGGGCUAUGAGGAUUGUCCUUUUGAGGAGAGUCCUGUUGGGUUCUUGAGCGUGCUUUACAAGAGGUUGAGGAGGGAUUGUGCAAACAUUGAUAGGACGCACAUGGGGACUGUUUUGGUGGGAGGGAUUCUGACGGAGAAGGAUUUUGAGGGGAUUGGUGACGAUGAAGAGGGGACUGGAGGUUUGGAGAAGGGGGUAGGACGGAUGGGAUUGGAUUGA